AUGUACAACUUCAAGUCCCCCGAAGGCGUUCUUGUGUACCUCAAGAGCACUCGUUUCGUUGCUGCUAAUGUCCAGUUACUUUCGGGAGGCUCUUCGGCUUUCAUCUACCGAGUUGUGCUCAAGAGUCCUUUGGAAACAGGGGAUAAGUCCAUCGUAAUCAAACACUUCGAAGGCUACCCAUCUGCUUACGAGCCCAUGAAAUGGGGUGUCGAGCGCGCAGACCAUGAGUACGAAGCCCUUUCGGCAGUAGCCACUUCGGGACUAUUUGGUUCAGACAGUAUGGUUCAAUUGCCUCGGCCCCUUGAAUAUGAUCAAGAAACGCACACAAUCUUUAUGACCGACCUUGGCCCCCUUCUUCCUGUGGUCCAGAUAUUGCAACAAGGGCAUUCAAAUUUAACCGAAUUCGGAGGGAUACACAAGUUUGCUGAAACCGUUGGAUGGGCUCUUGGUGACUUCGUCGGGCGCUUCCACCACUGGUCCGCACUUCCUGAACAAGCAGCGCUCCGCGCAUAUUUUGCGCUUAACCCAAGUGUGAUUCGACAAAGCGUCGAUAUCCACCACUUAUGCCUCAACUUGACCGCUGAUCGGUUUCAAAUACGUGAAACCUGGAUGGAUGAUCUCGUUGCGAAGGAGCAACAGGAGGCCUUAACGGAUGGCGGUGUCCUAGUCAUGGGUGACUGCUCAUUACAUAAUGUCUUGGUAUCUCCGCCGUCAGAGGGUCGCGACAUGCGUAUAUAUCUUACUGAUUUGGAGAUGGCUCGAGCCAGUUAUCCUGAAGUGGAUAUCGGGGAGUUGACAGCGAUGACUGUAUCAAUUACGCGUCUUUAUAGCCCCAGUAUCGAACGCUUGUUCGUCGCAUCUGUGCAUAAAGCAUAUCAUCGACAUCGUGAUCUCGAUUCCAGGAGAAUGGCAAUCGCCACUGGGAUUGACCUCAUGGGCCUUGGUACUGUUGCGCCAUGGGCCAGAGAUCAGGAUGAGACCAAACUCAAAGAGUUAGCCUUGACAGGGUUAGAACUCUUGAGAUUAUCUGUCAAGGGAGACGAGAAUUCGAUUAGAAGGAAUGCCACCCUGAAGCAUCUAUUCUUGCCUCGGUCUUAG